GGGGCUGCGCGGCGCGCGGCCAUUCGGGCCCGGCUCGCUGUGGGAACGCGCCGCCGCCGCGGCCGCCGAGAUGGUCUCCUGGAUGAUCUCGCGGGCUGUCGUGUGAGUGCCGGGAGCGGGCUGCGCCGCGUGCGUCCGUCCGUCCGUCCGUCCGUCCGUCCUGGGGCUUCCCGCGGAGGGGGGCGGCGGGAGGGAAGCGGCCGCUGAGCGCGUCGCGGGCCCGGCGCUGCGGGCGCAGGUGGGGCGGGGGCGGCCGGGAGCUGUGCGGGGCUGCCGCGUCUUUCCGGUUCGGAAGGGCCUCGUCGCGCCGAGUCCCUCCGCCUAAAGUGAUGCGGAGCGCCGCUUCUGUCCGCGGCCUUUCGCUGAGUGAGGUAGAGGGAGUGGCACGCAGCUGGCGGCGGCGGCGCGGAGGGCCCCGGAGCUCACCGCAGCGGGUGCGGGCCGGCCCCUCGGGCCGGGAGCGGUCGGCUGUCGCGGUGCGUGGUGAGCGCCGCUCGUAAAUGGGUGCAAAUGAAGCCGUAAGGGCAGGUUGGUAACUGUCAGCAGCGUGUGGCGGCUCUGUCUGUGCUGGCCCGGUACUCGCUGCGUUGCUCGAGUUAAGAUUGCGCUGCGUGUGACUUCUUGCCGGGCUAGUGAGGUGAUCCUGCGCACAAAGCAGUUCUGCGAGUGCCUGAGUGUGAGCCAAGAGCGGCAGGAGAGCGUGACCUGGAGCAGGGGGUAAUAAACAGGAUUUCCUCCUGUUGUUGGUGACAAACAUCUCCCUGAAGCUGCCUGGUGUCAUUUCGGCUCAUUUCAGCUUGAUUUGCUGUUAGGAUGUCUUGUCGUGUGAAGUACAUUUGUUGCUGUGGUCUCAGCACCUACACAGGUGGCAGUCCCUCAUCCUUCUCCCGUCCUGCUGCCCUUUAUGAGACCUGUCAGGUGACAAAGGGCUAAACAGAGCCGUGUGUCUUGGGGCUGGUAAGGAAUGAUGUUGGCUGUGGGAAGAAUUGCUGCCACUCCGUCAGUAUGGUCUUCCCAUGGGCAGCUGAGGGAAGAUGCGUACCCAUGCUUUCUGUAAGUCAAACUAGCUGUUGAACCUGUUUCUGUAUGGUAAUAUAGAAACACCAACCAGAGAAUUUCAUCUUUAACCAUGUCUUAAACAUGUAAAGAAAAUAUUAGCAGUCCUGAGCACCUCUAUUUCCAACAGCGAGGUUCUUGUUAAGUUGCUUGGGGUGGUUUCCGCUCCCCUCCCCUUUGACUUUAGCUGCUAAACAGUGUGCAUUCAUUUUGAGGAUUAAGUCCUCUGUGGGUCUGACCAGUAUCACAGGCAUUUAAGAUGAUAGCUGCUCCAGUGCACAGCUAGCUCUAUUGCACAGUUCUAUUGCAAUAAAGGACAGUGGAUUAUUCGGUUUCGUUUUCUGCUUGCUGUUGCUGAUUCAAUUCUGCAUGCUCGUUAUUUCUGCUGAAAAGGGAGUCUUUGAUACUAUUUAUAAAUCCUCUUCACCUUCUUGUGUUCUUGUUUCCCAGCGGCGGGACUUAAACCUUGCCAGUGCUCAGCUUCCUGAGUAGGAAGUUCAGUGCAUCCAGGAGAGCGCUCGUAUACCUUGAAAACUAUUGUUUAACUUUGCUUAAUAAAAUAAAAUUCACACUGAAAGGGAAGGUGUGAGGUAGCAUGGAGAUAGACAUGGUGUGGCAUAAGAUGAUUUUAAUCAAGUAGUCUUCAGACUGUCCUCCUUGCCCUCUUUUUCUCAAUAUCCAUUAUGCCAUCUUCCUCUUCUUGAUCUGUUUUGCUUUCUGAUACCUUUCUCGGCUGUUCCAGUGGCUAUUUCUCUGACUUGCUCAUCAUCAGUUGGUUAGAAGUAUGCUACCUUUUCAAUAAAGCCUGGAAGGAAGAUGAAAGUACUUCAAACAAGUAUGUAGAUGCUAAGACCUGAGAUUUUCUCCUAUUUUCUGUAUCAUUGUCAUUUUUGUUUCAUGUCUUUCUUUUGUAUGUGACAGCCAUACGCAUUCUGUGCUGUUGAUAGCAAGUCCAAAAAGCUCUGUUAUCUUCCUGGAAGAGAAUAAAUUGUCUUCACGAGUGUUUGGAAGCCGCAGCAGUUGGUCCAGCUGCAGUGCAGCUCCUCCUCCUUUUCUGACCGACCUUCUCUUUUUCAAAGUAAAAAAAGCCAGCAAAGUAUGCAUUUGUAGGUGUGUCGCAGUGCCCUCUGAAUUUUCAUGCGGAGGACUUGUCCUGACGUGCGCUUGCCAAGCAAACCAACUUCUGGUUCAGUCUGAGAACUUGCAAUUUGGAGUUAAUCAACUAAAAAUAAUUUGGUUAAAGCUUGGAGGAACCAGGGAAUGGAGGUAGUAGAGAAUUAGAAUCCUUAAUUGCAUGUGAAUUGUCCUGAAUAGUCAUCAGCAGGGAGUGGUUAAAACUCACUGCUUUGCGUUCUUUGGCAAAACUUUGCUUUAAUGAACAGUUUUGCUUUCUUUCUUUAAAUACUUCAGCAUACAGACGUGAAAUAUAUCGUAACGAUUGUGUCUCUUCUUCUCUGUUGAGAAGCGGAAGACGUGAAGCACACAAUUAGAAUACCUUUUCAUUUUAAGGUUUAUGGGGCGCUGUUCAGAGUAAGUAUAGGUUGUUAGUAAUUCCUCUCUGGUUAUUGCAACAGUUUCAAGAAGGAUUACUGCAACAUUUUUUCCUUCUUCCCACUUGCAAAAAGCCAAGAAAAGGGUAGUAGUUUGUUUCGGAGUCUCAGAAAACUUCUCGAAGCGUUACACCUUGGCAAGUGCUCAGUCUCUGAUGGUGGGAAUUCUUCCAUUUGUGGCUGGCUGUCUUGUUAUCUUGUAGCCGUGUCUGACUAAUCUGCUUUGAUCGCUCGUUCUUCUCAUUUAUAGGGUCUGAGCAAUUGUGUACACAUCAGUUGCUGAGACAGUGUAUUUAGUAGUAAACACACUGAGUACUUGUCAGUCACAGCCUGGUAUGGAUGAGAUCAGACUGUUCUCUUGUGCCAAGCAAAGAUGUUAUGCAUCCUAAAUAAAAAGGAGAUGGCCAUUUUGUUCUUGCAAUCUGUUAAAGCAGACUGUCUGCCGUAAUCUGUUAACUUUUCCCCCCCUCCUCAUGUAAAAAUGGAAGUUGCCCCAUCUGUGUUGCUUUGCAACGCUCGCUCUACCCCUGUAUCUAAGCGUGUUUUCCUUCAGUAGAGUUGUUUGAAAGUCUCAGCUGUUGGAAGGGUGAGCUGGAGUGGACUGCAGGAGGGAGUACUUUUCUGAGAUAUUUGUAGCUGCUUUUUUUCUGCCUAUACCUAUUCCCCGCUUCCACUUCAGAGCCUUGCCAAGAACAAGGGUGUAUGAAUAGAGCUUUAAGCAAGUGUUCCACAGUUGUGGAAUUAGGCUAUAGCUGCGACUUGCGGAAUCAAACUCUAUAACCACAAAGCAGUUAUAAAAUCAGGUCUGUUUUAAUCAACGCUGCGCAGAGUUGGAUGCAGGGGGGAUAGCUCCUCCUAACUUACAUACCGGUCCACAGAAAUGUUAUGUAUUUGUAAGUCAAGUUCAUACGUAUUUAACAGGUUACGUUGAACCCCGCUAUAUAUUCGUUAAUCAAGUCCCUCCCCUCCGGCGCAUGCGUUGUAUUCUCCUCUGGGUGGUCGCGUCCCCAUCUGGUGGUCCCUUGGGAUGAAGUAAACACUCUUCCUCAUUGUCUUGCCGAUGAGGAGUCUGGCACCUAUGUCUUUCUUACCACAAAAGAAUGCUCCUGUGGAAUGUAAGCACUAAACAGAACCCAGACCCCCUGCUGACAAGGAGUCUAGGGCCUCUUCUCCUAUCUCCCUCCUCCGGUUCUCCUUCUGUUGCCGACAAGGAGUCUGGCACCUGUGUUUUUCUCACCGCAAUCUAAACCGUCCAGAUAAAAUCACAAAAUCAAACCCUCUUUCAUUAAGCGGAAUCAAUUCGAAUCAAGUCCCCCCCCCCCCCCCCCCCCCCUUUCAGCUGCAGCAAUGUGAAGCUGGACAAAGGCUAUGUGGGAUACGUGGGAGCUGACCUGGAGAUGGGGAGUAGUAUUAUUAGUCUUGCAGCUUUUCAUGCUUUUUUCAUCCUUUGCUUUCCUUGUAGUUUCCAUGUUAAGCGUGUAUACUCUGUAAGCCUGGAUUGUAUCCUGCUCUUGAAUUAUAAAGGUUUUUAUUAAAAACAAGUGCAAAAAACCCUUUUGUUCUUGUUUGCUAAUCAAAACACUGUCAAACAUCUUGCUUCAAACAGCCAUUGUUCGUUAGAUAGAAUUGAGUGUAACAGUACUGCCGACGUGGUGCGUGUGGAAGUGAUAGCUAUAUGCAGCCCGACCUUCAAGGCAGAAGGGCCCUUUGUGGGACAGUUCCUUCGGCUGUUUGUAGCCUUUCCUCCUUGUGGUUGGAUGCUUCCAGCUGAGGCCUGAAGAAUGUUGAGUGCUGUCGGACCCGGAAUGUGCUUCCAUUGUAAAGACCCAUAAAUUGCAGCUGCACCUGUGGGGGAGAGAAGGAUUUGCCAUCACGGCUGGUGUUUGGGAUGCUGUAUCCUGCAUAUUAUUCAUACAAAGCUGUGAAGACAAAAAAUGUGAAGGAAUAUGUUCGCUGGAUGAUGUAUUGGAUUGUAUUUGCUCUUUAUACAGUUACUGAAACAAUAACUGAUCUAACCAUCUCUUGGUUUCCACUGUAUUAUGAGCUGAAGAUUGCUUUUGUUAUUUGGCUCCUUUCUCCAUAUACUAGAGGGGCGAGUUUAAUGUACAGGAAAUUUCUCCACCCUCUUCUUUCUUCUAAAGAAAGGGAGAUUGAUGAGUACAUCGUACAAGCCAAAGAAAGAGGCUAUGAGACCAUGGUGAAUUUUGGAAGACAGGGGUUGAAUUUGGCAGCAACUGCGGCAGUGACAGCAGCUGUAAAGAGUCAGGGUGCAAUAACUGAGAAAUUGAGAAGUUUCAGUAUGCAUGAUUUGACUACUAUACAAGGAGAUGAACCAGUAGGCCAGAGACCCUAUCAGACGUUGCCAGAAACAAAAAAGAAAACGAGAGCCUCUGCAAAUGAAUCUGCGGGUUUUCCACUGGAAAAAAAUCCCGGAGAUGAUAGAACAGAUGAAGAGGUAGAAGGAACACAUUCAGAAGAUGAAAUGUUUGCUCAGAGAGGCCUUCGAAGAACUCAGAGCAUGAAAUCUGUGAAAACUGUUAAAGGACGUAAAGAGAUACGAUACGGAUCACUGAAAUACAGAGUAAAGAAGAGACCCAAUGUGUACUUCUAAGUUUAUUGCACAAUGCCUGUGAGACAAACUGCUGUAUUAUAACAACUUGAAUUCAAUACUUCAAGUGUUAAAGAUCUGUGUAUGAUUGAUAUAAUGAAUAUAUAUGGAUAGAUGUGGUAGGACUUGGUUUUAUGAGCCUAAAUGAUUGGGUAACGUAUUACUCUGCUUUUCUGUAAUUGCUUAUUGUUAGACUUAAAUCUGGAGAAGCUAUAGGAUAAAUUUCAGCACUUCGUAAAUAAGGAUUAAAUGAGUUACAGCAAACAGCCUGACUUUUCCAGAAGUCUUGAGCAGACUGAAAUAAUUACAAGUCCAAACAGAUCAGUAGAAGCUGUAGGUGUUUGGAACUUGUGAAAGUGAAACCCGUGGUAUCCUCCAGUUUACAUGGGAAAAAAAUAGGUAUACUUGAAAUAUUUUUCUGAACUACAGUUCCUGAAAAGGCCUUCAUGUAAUUUAAACAUGUACAGUUUAAGGAACAGUGGGUGAUAGUGAGGAAGGAAAAGUAAAGAUUUACUAUAUCCUUAGAUCUUUUUGCCACAUAUUUCCAAGCUUAACAAGCCUGUAUAAUAGUAAUAGGUGCAAAAUGGGGGUAUGUUUAGCACUUUAUGCAAAACUGUAUAGUUUUGUACACUUACUGAUUUACAGCUGCACAUGUAAUUUUAGUUGAUUCUUAGGCAGGUUAGACUUACUGUAGGCUUUUUAUAACUCACCUUGACUGCUUAGGUACACUUAGGAUGCUGUAGAUAAUCGCAGCUAACACUUAACAAUAUUAUCAGGUGCCUUUCUGUGUCUUACAGGGCUGUGGUAUUACCUGUUUUUUGUCUGUUUCACUCUUUUUUUUUUUUUCCUUCCCUCUUCAGCUAGAGAGAUGUAACAAGAUUUAACUCAGUUUUUGGUUAAAAUUGUGGUAAGUUAAACUUGUAGCAAUUCUGGUGACAGACCUCAGGGAUCUGAGCAGCCCAUCAACUGUGUAGGAUAAGUCGUGCUGGAGUGGCAGCAUAUAUGAUAGGUUAUUCAGGCCCUGAUUUGAUUUUGCUCUGCAUUCCUGUAAGAAUACAUAUAUAUUUAGAAUGUGUAUGUGUGUAUGUUUCUCAUGGUGUGUAGAUUCUAGAAUUGGCCAUGUCGUUUUUUUAUUGCUCAAAUGAUUACUAAAAUACUGACUUACAAAGAGCUUUUUCUAAAAAUCUAGCUCAUUGAAUCAGCCUUGUCAUAACCUAAUGUCCAUGAUAUAACUAUUUGCACAGAGAUAAAUUUUGGAAUGCCAUACUUGUCAAAAUGACCUCUCAACAGCCCCUUCAGUGCUGUUUUCUGUAAUUCUGAGAAGUAGGCUGAUUUUACUACGUGACUCUUUCUAGUGUGGACAUGGGAAGGACAAAUCCUCUUUUGUAGAUAGUAUUUUUUUAUUAUGUGGCAUGGGUAGACAUAGGAAUAAUUUUCUUUAAGGGCAAAUGACGUGUUAUCCCUCCUGUCCUUGAUGCUCAGACUCCAAUCCUUAGACUUUCCCCCAUAUUUGACAGUCACCUGCAAGUUUACUGCAAUGCCUUUAAACACCUGCUGCAGUUUUUCUUCAUAUUGUUACAGCCAUAGCAGUCUCACUGCUGGUGGACACCUAAGAGCCUCUUAAUACAGACUGGCUUUUGUCUUCUGCAUAGUCUUCAGUAGACUUCUUUGGGCCAGGGUUUGCGUUAUAUGGAUAAAAAUGCAGCUGGUCUGUAUUGGCAUUGUGUUCUUCACUUGCUAUUCUUGUCCUUUAUAAGCCAAGUGCAAAGCCUUGAACAGAUGUAACAAUAUUGUUGGCACGGUGCUUUUAGCGUCCUCCAAGCAAGUUAAAUACCUUUAGCAAGAAGCUGCAACAUUCCAUAUGUGAUCAAAAGGCCAAAGCUUUCCCCCCCACCACCACUUUUCUCAAGAACAUUUCCAACGAGAAGUGAUGAGCAAGGUAGCAUCCUGGGGUGGGGCUCAUAGCUCAUGUCCUGUAAGUGUUUGCAGUUAUCAUCUACUUCCUUGAAUGUAGAAAUCACCUAAGAAGGGAAGGGCUGCUUAUGUAUUAAGGUGUGUAAGGUGUUAGGAGAAACAGAGGCUUUUGUGGUUGCAUCUUACCUCUCCUUGAACAUUAGAAUUACCUGAGCAUUGAGUGGAAUGUCCACAUCUAAUUCUCCAGCUGAGCACUUGCUGCCACAUCUUGCACUAGCUCCUAAUUUUAAUAGGUAAUCAUGGCAACAAAAUUGCCAUAGUUUUACAAAUCAGAAUCCUGUGUGAAAGAGCUGGGAAAGCCUUUCUGUCAGAAUUCUAGUUCCUGUUACAGUUUCACCCAGUCCUGUUUCUGGGCUUAAGUCCUUUUCCUGGUUCAAGGAUAGAGGUCAUUUCAGUAGAAGGUUAGGCCUUAGCACGCUGGCGGUCAAUGAGCGCUUUGUGUUGUUACGUACUUAGGGUUGUAACCUCUGACAAAUGCAGCUUGCUAGUUAGGUAGUGACGGGCUGCACAAACCCUCCUGUUCCUGAAAUAUGCACGGGACUAGGAACGCAGGCAGUAUUAUUCAUGUUAAUUACUGUUUCCAUAUAAAUAUAUUUAUGUUCUCUCUGACAUCAUCUUAAGUGAUAAAAACACGCAUUGUUUUCCUCGCUGUUCUUUUGGCCUCAUGCCCUGCUGUGAAGCGCUGGGUUCCACCUUCCCCCAGCAGCUUGAUUCUUCUCUUUGCAUUCAUCCUGAAACCACUUCCUGAUAUCUUCAAGUUGUUUUUCCUUCCUGUUCCUUGUCAGCUGAUCCUUCACAGGGCUCAAUGGCCUGAUUAGCUUUCAUUCAGAUGAUACUUAUUUCUCUCUUCUAGUUGAAUUUAGUUGAGUUUGGUUCGGGAGUAUCCCUCUAUCUUCAACUUUGUGGAUUUUCACCCCUUUUUAUUUGCUUUAGUAACUGCAGAGGUCAUCCGCUGAGCUCUAGCCAGCAAAAUUCUAGGAAGAAAGUUAAAUGUUCUUUUUCAGUUUGGAAUUUAAACUACAUAGUUCUUAUGAACAGAACGUGUCCCGAGAAUUGGCUGACUGCUACCAACAGCACUGCUGGGACAGGUAAAGGAAAGGUUACCUACAGGUCAAAGGUAGUUUAAAACAGAAUAUGUAUUUCCUGUUAAAUUAUGUAUUCUGGAAAUGCUCCAGAGCUUUGUAUCUGAACUGACUCGGACUUUUCAGCAAGAGCAUGCUGUAUGUAUAGAAAUACACCGUUUGGGACAAGGAUUCACCUGGUGGCCUCGGUUGCAAACGCACUGUCUGGACUGUGGUUACAUGGUAAUUGCCAAUAUCUGCUAAUGAAUGCUAAUUGCUUAGCUGUGUCAGAGCAACUGAAUGUUAUCCAAAAGACUUUUUGCAGGCUAUAAUGAAUUUUAAAAUGAAUACAAGGUGAUUUGGUUAAGCAGAAUGGUGGAGUAAAUGCUAGAUGCAUUUAACACACUGUUAAUAAUAACAACUGUGUUUUAUUUUGGUGUUACUUUUAUUAAUGGGAAGUUGGUAUUUUAAGGUAUUUUUGUACAAAAACAUACGUGCACAAAGGCAAUACUUUGAUAUUUUUCAAGAACGCCUAUUUUUAAAUGCUACAGACCAGAGACUGUCAGACAUCGAGACUGAAGUUAGUAGCUUUAAAAAUCGCAAUGUAAGCUUUACUUUUUAUAUUGUAAUGAUAACUUUGCUGUCAAUUUGUUUACAUGUUUGUAGUAGGGAACGUCUCAUUACGCAUUGACUUACCCUGAUGCUACCUUGAAUAAACGCUGCUUUGAGCAGGA